UCAAACCGAAGUGGUGACAAAAUCGAAUUACAUAAAACGGAACCAAUCCGAAGAAUAACUUUUCUCCGCGGAACGGGGCCCGAAAUCGGAUUGGACUGUUGAACGCUGCGUCGUGAAAAGUUCCCCUUAACGAUGGCCUCCAUCUUGCGAUCUUUCGUCUCAACGUUCGCUAAAAGCGGUGUGUGUAACCGAAGCGGCAUUUCCCGUGCUGCCCCGGCUAUUAUGCUGCGCUAUAAAUCUACUGAACCUGCAGCAGAAUCAAGACCCACGGUCCGCAAACCGGAUGCCGCGGCCCGUUUGGAGUUGUCGGAGUUCGGCAAGUACGUCGCAGAAUGCAUGCCGAAGUACGUCCAGAAGGUUCAGCUGACCUCGGGCGACGAGCUGGAGGUGCUGAUUGCACCGGAAGGUGUUGUGCCAGUGCUGCAGUUUCUGAAAGAUCAUCACAACGCUCAGUUUGCAAAUUUGGUGGAUAUUGCCGGCAUGGAUGUACCUUCCCGUCAGUAUCGUUUCGAGAUUAUCUACAACAUUCUAUCGCUACGUUACAAUUCACGCAUCCGCGUAAAGACCUACACCGACGAACUGACGCCGAUCGAUUCGUGCAACGAGGUAUUUAAGGCAGCCAACUGGUACGAGCGUGAGAUUUGGGACAUGUACGGGGUAUUCUUUGCUAACCAUCCGGAUCUGCGCCGUAUUCUGACCGAUUAUGGAUUCGAGGGUCAUCCGCAGCGUCGUGAUUUUCCGCUGAGCGGUUACGUCGAGCUGCGGUACGACGACGAGAAGAAACGUGUCGUGUGCGAACCGCUCGAGCUGGCGCAGGAGUUCCGCAAGUUUGAUCUAUCUGCACCGUGGGAACAGUUCCCGAAUUUCCGAAAUGCUAAUCCUGCCACGGAGGAAGUUGCAACGAAACCGACGGAAAAGUAGUAAAUUAAUAAGUUGGUGGGGGAAAACACAUACGACACGAUAUCGGAUAUUGUCGAAAUAUGAGAGUGAAUGUUUUCUUCGUUCUUAGAAUGAAAUAUAAUCGGACGCUGCUGUAAGUGUGUGGAUUAGAUUUUG